CUGUAUAUAAUAGAGAAAUGUCAUUGUCGUAUAUUACUUUUAAUUUUGAUUGAGUCAUGUCUAUAUAGCCACUUAUAUUUAACAUAAAUAUUAUUUCUAAUAUUGUGUAGAGUGCUCCGUGACGAUUUUUUUUCGUUUAUAUCAUUAAUAUUUUGUUUCAUAAAUUUCAAUGAUCAUCUAUUACAUUGAGCAUGGUAGAAGAUAAAAGAUAUGAAAUUGACAGUCGAAUUGAGUGUGAUGGACAUCAAGGUACAUUAAAGUACAUUGGUCCUGUUGGUGAAACUAAAGGUUUGUGGCUUGGUAUAGAUUGGGAUGAUCCAACUCGUGGAAAACAUAAUGGUACAUACGAAGGAAUAAAAUAUUUUAAAGCUAGAUAUCCUACAUCAGGUUCAUUUAUACGUCCUGGUAAAGCAAGAUUUGGAAUUUCUUGUCCUGAAGCUAUUAAAAUUCGUUAUGGUUUCAUCAAUGAUGAAUUAGCUGGUAUUGAUAGAGAUACAUUAAUAAGUUUACAAAAGGAAAUUAAUGCUCCUUUUUUGGAAGUUGUUGGUUUUUCUAAAGUAAAUAAAAAACAAAGCAAAUUUGAUCAAUUAAAAAUAAUAUGGUUAAGAGAACAAUGUGUUAGCACUGCGGGUGAUUCUGGUGAAUUAAAAAAAUUAUGUCCCAAUUUGGAAGAAUUAGAUAUAUCUAAAAAUUUAAUAAAUAGUUGGCAAAUUGUAGCAAAUAUUUGUUGUCAACUUCAUUGUCUUGUUCGACUUAAUGUGAGUGAAAAUUAUUUGCCGAUUGAAAAAAAUAUAGAAGUAUUAAAAAAUUCAUUUUUUAUGAUUAAAUAUUUAACAAUGGCAAAAAUGAAUUAUAAUUGGUUUGAUAUUCAACAAUGUAUGUGUAUGUUCCCAUUUCUACAAGAACUUUCAGUUUCUUUCAAUAUUGUUAAUAUUAUACAAAGACCAUUAAAAGAUGAUAAUUUAAUGAAAAUAUGUAAAUUAACACUUGAAGGAAAUUUGAUAUCCAAUUGGGAUGAAAUUCUUAAGUUGGAUUCUCUUCCAUGCUUAGAAUAUCUUAAUUUAAAUUCAAAUAAAAUAGACAAAAUAAGAUUUCCAACUAUUGAACCAAUAGUUAAAACCACAGCCUUUUUUAAUUUGCGACAAUUACAUAUAUCGCAUAAUAACAUAUCAGAGUGGCAAUCUGUAUCAGAAUUAGAAAAACUUAAUAAUUUAGAAGAUUUGAAAUUUAGAGAGAAUCCUAUUUUGAAAAAUGAAAAUUUGGAAACUGCACGUCAAUUAAUCAUAGCAAAAAUUGCAAAUUUAAAAUCAUUAAAUGGCACUGAAAUUUUACAUGAUGAAAGACGUGGUGCUGAGUAUGAUUAUCUGAAAUUGUUUUUAUCAAAAUGGACUGAAUAUAAUUCUGAAGCUGAUUCUGAAAAAAGAAAACAAUUUAUAAUUGAACACCCUCGAUAUGCAGCAUUGGUUGCAAAAUAUGGAAUUUCUGAUAUUCCCUCAUCUAAAACAAAAGUGGAAAUGAUUUCAAACGUUAUAACAGUAGAAUUUGUAUGCCCAGAUCAUCUAGAUCAGCCUAAAGGAAUUAAAAGAAAAUUAUUAAAAGAUAUGGAAGUUCAAAAAGUUAUUGGACUUGCACAACGACUUUUUAAAACUGGAGGAAAAAUACCAAAUCUUUCAUUUAUACAACAAAAUCUUUCUAAAGAUGAAAUAUCUUUAGAUAAACCGCUUCAGGAACUCAGUUAUUAUUCAAUACAAGACGGAGACCAAGUUAUUGUAAGAUGGUGAUAUUAGAUGAAUUGUUCAUAAAUAUAAUUGUAUUUUGUACACUGUUAAAACUUCAUCACCAUACUUUGUUAUUAAACUUUUUUAAUUGCGAA